AGAUGGUGUCUCUGCGGGGCAGAUCCCUGUCCUCGUAGAUGGAAGUACCGCCCUAACCGAACUUUUCCCGGGAAGGGCCACCACUGUCUCCCUAGAGCUGUCUGGGCUUCUGCCCUUAAUCCUCGGCUAAGGAGAUGACCAACCAGUACAGUAUUCUCUUCAAACAAGAGCAAGCCCAUGAUGAUGCCAUUUGGUCCGUGGCCUGGGGGACAAACAAGAAAGAAAACUCCGAGACAGUGGUCACGGGGUCCCUGGACGACCUGGUGAAAGUCUGGAAGUGGAGCGAUGAGAGGCUGGACCUGCAGUGGAGUCUGGAGGGGCACCAGCUGGGCGUCGUGUCUGUGGACAUCAGCCACACCCUGCCCAUCGCCGCAUCCAGUUCUCUCGACGCUCACAUUCGUCUCUGGGACUUGGAAAACGGCAAGCAGAUCAAGUCUAUAGACGCAGGACCCGUGGAUGCCUGGACUUUGGCCUUUUCUCCUGAUUCCCAGUAUCUGGCCACAGGAACCCAUGUGGGGAAAGUGAACAUCUUUGGUGUAGAAAGUGGGAAAAAGGAAUAUUCUUUGGACACGAGAGGAAAAUUCAUUCUUAGCAUUGCAUAUAGCCCUGACGGGAAAUAUCUGGCCAGUGGAGCCAUAGACGGAAUCAUCAAUAUUUUUGAUAUUGCGACCGGGAAACUGCUGCAUACGCUGGAAGGCCAUGCUAUGCCCAUUCGCUCCUUGACCUUUUCCCCGGACUCCCAGCUCCUCGUCACCGCCUCCGAUGAUGGCUACAUCAAGAUCUACGAUGUACAACACGCCAACUUAGCCGGCACGCUGAGUGGCCAUGCAUCCUGGGUGCUGAACGUGGCGUUUUGUCCUGACGACACUCACUUUGUUUCCAGUUCAUCUGACAAAAGUGUGAAAGUCUGGGAUGUGGGGACGAGGACUUGUGUUCACACCUUCUUCGAUCACCAGGAUCAGGUCUGGGGAGUAAAAUACAAUGGAAAUGGCUCAAAAAUUGUGUCUGUUGGAGAUGAUCAGGAAAUACACAUCUACGAUUGUCCAAUUUAAACAUCACUGUCUUCCACGUUAAUGCUGCAGAGAGAAUGUACAGAUCGAACAUAACAUUCCUUAUCUUUGUAGCUUGUUUCAAAGAAAUACAGCGUUUAUUAUAGCAGGAACAUAAA